CAUCCGCCGAUAAUUUAGCACGUCCAUCAGGGCCAAACGCCAAACAUAAUGCAGGGAGGAGACAAACCAGCUGGUCCACACGCUAUAUCUUGCCACUUUACAUGCAAGAUAUAUACAGUUCCCCUGGCAAUUGGUAUAGAGAUGGUGAUGUACUCAAUGGGAAGAAACUGAAUGGGCAUGGCAAAGGAUCACUUUGUGCUUGUUCAUGGGGAAGGGCAUGGAGGGUGGUGCUGGUUCAAGCUCCGGUGGCUCCUUGAGGGUUCUGGCUACAGGGUGACCUGCAUAGACCUUGCCGGAGGUGGCGUCGACCCUACGGACCCCAACACAGUUCGGACAUUCGAGCAGUAUGACAAGCCACUCCUGGACCUCAUCUCCACCUUGCCGGAUGGUGAGAAGGUUAUUCUGAUGGGACAUGGCAUCGGAGGCCUGAGUGUGAUUCAUGCAAUGCAUGAAUUCGUUGACAGGGUCAAGCAAGCAAUUUUUGUGGCAGCUGCUAUGCUGCCAUUUGGACUUCAGACUGAUGAAGAUAAGAAAGAUGGCUUACCAAGUUUGCCUGAUAAUGAGAUUAAGUCGACAUUCGGUGCAGGAGCAGAUGAUCCUCCAACGACUGUUGCUUUGAGAUUAGAAUUCCAACGUGAUCGGCUAUCCCAACAAAGCCCUGAAGAGGAUUCAAUACUGGCUUCAAUGCUGAUGCGACCAUGGCCUGUGAGUGCUAUUAGUACUGCAAGCUUCGAAGGAGCUGACGAGAGAUUGAAUCGAGUAAAACGGGUUUUCAUAAAGACGGAGCGUGACCACAUGCUGGACCCUCAGCAGCAAGAUUCCAUGAUCAAGAAGUGGCCACCCAGCGAGGUUUUGGUCAUAGAUACAGAUCACAGCCCUUUCUUCUCUGCACCGGAACAGCUCUUUAAUCUAAUAGUGAAAUCUCUAUGAUGCAAAUAUGCAAAACACUAGACUGUAUAGUGGAUAUAUUCGAAUUCUUGUAACAUCACUUAUACAAAAUGAUAAGUAUCAUCUGAGUUAGGGUCA